AUGUCUGUCGUGAAGAACGAGAAAGACGUGGAUUCGUCCAGUGCGGCAUCAGGUCCUGGUGCGAAGUACGAAUUUUACGAUCCCUCGAAGGAGAGCAUCUGGACGCGCCUGGGUGUUAACCUCGAGAGUUUCAAGCGUGCCCCAGGAACUACCGGUGGACAAGUUAUUGCUGGUGGAAAUAAUGUUGGCGAUAUCGAGCAGAUCAUGGCGGACUCGCCAAUGCUGCAGCAGAAGAUGAAGCCAAGGCAUCUUCAGAUGAUUGCUGUUGGUGGCAGUAUCGGUACAGGUCUCUUCGUUGGUUCUGGAAGUGCUCUUCGCAAUGGUGGACCAGCUGGAAUUCUUAUCGCUUGGGCGAUUAUUGGUGUCAUGCUGAUCAACGUCACUCAGGCUAUUGGUGAAAUGUCGAUUCUAUACCCUGUUUCUGGUGGUUUCUAUACAUUGGCUGUGCGAUUCCUCGAUCCUUCAUUUGCUUUUGCUAUGGGUUGGAAUUAUGUCUUUCAAUGGGCGGUCGUGCUUCCGCUAGAGAUUACGGUAGCUGGCACCACAGUCCAAUACUGGGGGAAGGAUAUUAUGCCACUCGCUGGUUGGAUCACGAUAUUCUUUAUUGCGAUUAUUAUCGUUUGCGUAUUCGGAACUCUUGGGUAUGCUGAAGAAGAAUUCUGGUCAUCCGUCCUCAAGCUCUUUGUGGUCGUCAUGUUUAUUUUCAUUGGAAUUGUUUGUAUUGCUGGUGGAGGACCCAGUAACGGUGACUACGCCAGUUAUCUUGGUGGACUUCAUUGGUCGGACCCUGGAGCCUUUGCAAACGGAUUCAAAGGUGUAUGCGCCGUGUUCGUCACCGCUGCCUUCUCUUUCGCUGGAACUGAACUCGUUGGCCUUGCCGCUUCCGAGACCCCCAACCCUCGUGCUACCAUGCCUGCUGCUGUCAAGGGCACAUUCUGGCGUAUCACUCUGAUCUAUAUUACGUCGUUAACCAUCAUUGGUCUCCUGAUUCCUUACACCGAUAAUCGUCUCCUUGGUGGAAGUGGUGCUGACGCCUCUCCUUUCGUCAUUGCUCUCGACAAGGCUAAAAUCAAAGGCUUGAAUCAUUUGGUCAACGUUACCAUCUGUAUUUCCGUUCUCUCUAUCGGUCUUGCUUGCGUCUAUGCGGGCUCUCGUACUCUCACUGCUCUUGCUGAGACGGGUUACGCUCCUAAGAUUUUCACCUAUGUUGACAAGUCCAGUCGACCCCUUUUCUCCGUCCUUGCCAUCCUGGCUUUUGGUCCCGUUGCCUACGCCAACUGUGCCUCUGACGGUGCUGGAGACGUUGUUUUCAAUUGGCUUCUCGCCCUUUCUGGUCUUUCCACCCUUUUCAGUUGGUUGUCAAUCUGCUUGUGCCACAUCCGCUUCCGAAAGGCAUGGAUUGUACAGGGUCAUUCCCUUGAGGAACUUCCCUACCGUGCUCUCGGUGGCGUGUACGGAUCCUGGCUUGGUGUUACCCUUAUUGUGAUCGUCCUCAUUGCCCAGUUCUAUAUUGCUUUGUGGCCCAUCGGUGGCAUGUCUCCUGAUCCUAAAGCGGUCGCCGAAGGCUUCUUCUCGGCCUACCUGGCGUUCCCUAUCAUGAUUCUAUUCUACGUUGUUGGAUAUGCCUGGAAGCGUACCCUUCCUCAACGAUCCCACGAGAUCGACCUCGACACUGGUCGCAAGAGUUGGCUAACUGUUGAGGAAAUGCGUGAAUACCGCGCUGAGCGCGCCCGUGCUCCUUUGCACGUCCGGAUAUACCGCAUGCUUUUCACCAAUUAA